AUGAGUGAACACUUGGGCAAUUCCAACCAAGGACGCGCCCCGCUUCGUAUCUCUCAGGUUCUGUCUGCCUGCUCAUUUUGCAAAUCCAGAAAGAUUAGAUGCGACGGAGUCACCCCAGCGUGUGGGGGAUGCACCAAGUUCGGCCGUCCAGGGACAUGCUCUUUGUCUUCUGGAGGUACACACCAGGCGCGAGACUAUCCAACCUACCUGCAGAAUCGGAUCCAAAGGCUUGAAAAGACGCUUCAAAGGCUACAGGAAGACUCGGCAGAUACUCAAUAUUCCUCCUCAGGAUUGCCUGGUUCGCGAGUGAUUGCCCAGGGUGACCCCUAUCCACCAUCGACAUCCGUCAUCGACACUCUAAUUGCGGAUAUCGGUGCCUUGCCUAUACUUGCAUCAUCUUAUUCGUCAACUGGGGAUGGGCCAACUCUGUCAACCAUCCUCCUUGGAGCCGCAAGCAAAACUCCCCUUUCUCUCACACAGCGCGCUAGCCACGUCGGUCCAACUUGGAUGCCUGGAAGGGAUGUUGCGUUGAAACUAGCUCAGCAUUAUGUUGAACAGGUCUAUCCAAGACUUCCAUUUUUCUCCAUUCAAGGAUUCUGGGCACAGUUCAACAUCGUUUUCCCCACUAGCGUCUCCCCAUUUACGUCCGACGGCAUCGCUCCUCAAAGCCACGGAGAGAGGGGCACUGCAGAUAUUGAUCAGGGAAACAGCUACUUCACUGUACUGAUCGUGCUUGCUAUUUCAUCUUCGAGCCUGUCUCGAAGUGCGGACAGUCUCAUAUCUACUCAAGCCCAGAGGCUCUUGAAUCGCGCCCUCGAAUACAGAGAAUCUGCUGUGCGACCUAAUACCAUUGUCGGCGUCCAGGCGUUAUUGUUUCUAAUCCAAUAUGCGAUGUUAAACCCUUCGGCUCUGGACGCUUGGUGCCUGAUUGGAGUGGGAAUGCGUAAUUGUAUCGAUCUAGGCCUACAUCAAGACCCUCAACCCCCCGACUCCAUCAGUCCCAGCCUUCUGGAAACGCGGCGGAGAUUGUGGUGGAGUAUGUACUCGUUUGAUAGAUCCAUGAGCCUAAGCUGCGGUCGGUCAACUGAAAUAUCAGACUGUGUAAUUGGUGCUCUGUUGCCCAGUUUCCGUAUCGAGUCCGUCGCCACAGAGGCCGAUAUCCAAGGUUAUCUCCAGCGGUAUCGUGCCCUUCAGCUCCAAUCCAAAAUCUACGACUCUUUGAACAGAAAGCCACAAAGAGGUACUAUUCCUCCUAGCCAGAUCAUUCUUGCUCUCAAAGCCGAGUUGGAUUGGUGGGAAAAGGAGAAUAUUCCCACAUACGGCAGUAAAAAACUUGUGGAGAGUGAAUUGUCAAUGGGCAAGAUGCUCCUAUACCGCCCCUGCCGCAUUGCCCCCGAAAGAUCGGUAGAGGAGAACAUGGAGCUCUGGACAGCCUCACUCGGCUUUGUGGCCACAUAUCGCCAGCUGGUCGAGUCGAACAGCAUAUUCUACGUACAGAUUGCAUCCGAAAAGACCUAUUGGGCCGGUCUUGCCAUCUUAUAUAGCUUUUGGAGGCUGUGUUUUCCUUCUUUGUCUAGAGGGGAAGUAGCAAGCCGAGCUGCUAUUGUGAGGCAAACGGAUCUGUGGAAAGCCAUCCAAGAUGUAAUGUUUAUUCUCCGGACCUUGAGCGAGCGAUGGGAAGAUGGCAGGAUCCUGGCCAAGCAAUUUGAAAAGACGAGCACUUUUGCCAUCGCAGUAGCGGAGAGCGGAAGGAAUGGACUUUCAGACACGCUGGAGGUCCCUCGGGAAAUCCAAACGUUCGGAUCGUAUGUCAGCAUGACGAGCAUACGGGCCUCAAAGGAGAGCGAUGGUCUUAUUCAGCGGGAUUUAGACCUGCAGAAAUUUGUUGUAGAGAUGGUUGAGACUUGA